GGGGCUGCACUCACACAAAGGCACCAGAGUUACCAGCAAGAGACACACAAGGAGACAGUGAGAGCACAGGCAAGGAAUUGGGGUUCAAGACAUGCCCAGCGUAUUUGGCACCAUGUGUGGGGGCAGAAAGAAGAAGAAGAAGUACAAGCCAGAACCCGAAGUGUUGGAGCAAGAAGUGCAGCCCGUCAGGAGCCAAGGACUCAAAGCCUUCAAGAAAAUGGGUCUAUCAGGUGACGAUGAUGUGAAUGCCAUGCUCCAGGGUUCCAACCUGUGGAAGAUCAGGCCUAGAUGGCACGCAGCUAGACUAUAUCGCCUGGAAUCUGAUGGCAUCACCAUUUGGUACCAGAGCCAAGCUAAGAGGGCACGUUCUAAACAGAUCUUCUCCGUCCUGCACAUUGAAUCCGUACGGGAAGGCCAUCAGUCCGAGGGGCUCCAGAAACAUGGCCGCCACUUUCAUGAGACAUGCUGUUUCACCAUUGCCUUCAAGGGAAGGAAAAAGAACUUGGACCUUGCGGCAUCUUCAGAGAAGGAGGCUCGGAACUGGGUGCAGGGUUUGCAGAAACUCAUGAAACGAGCCGAGGCAAUGAGCCAGAGGGAGAAGUUAGUUCACUGGAUAUGGGAUUAUCUCCGGCAAGCUGACAGAGACGGAGAUGAGAAGAUGACUUUCCAAGAGGUGAAGGACAUGCUGAAGAUGAUAAACAUUGACUUGAACGAUAUCUAUGCUUACAACCUGUUCAAGACCUGUGACCGCUCCAACACAGACACGCUGGAGGACCACGAGAUAGAGGAGUUCUGCACUAAGCUCAUGCACCGCCCUGAGGUAGAGGAAAUAUUCCAUCGUUACUCGGGAGAAGACCGGGUACUGUCGGCUGAGGAACUGCAGGAAAUCCUGCAAGCGCAGGGGGAAGAGGCCACUCCGGAGAGGGCAAAGGAGAUUAUCCACAAAUAUGAGCUCAAUGAGACAGCCAAGCAGCAUGACCUGAUGAUGAUGGAAGGGUUCAUGAUGUACCUGCUGUCAGAUGAUGGAGAUAUCUUUAAUCAGAAGCAUAGGACGAUGUACCAGGACAUGACCCAGCCACUGUGCCACUACUUCAUUUCCAGUUCUCACAAUACAUACCUGACCAACCACCAGCUAGUGGGAGAGAGCAGCACAGAGUCGUACAUCAGAGCAUUCAUGGAAGGCUGCCGUUGUGUGGAACUGGACUGUUGGGAGGGGCAGUCAGGAGAACCAGUCAUUUAUCACGGGCACACGCUGACCUCAAAAAUCCUCUUCAAGGAUGUGGUGACUACCAUAAGAGACUAUGCUUUUAAAAAUUCCCCAUAUCCUGUAAUCCUGUCCCUGGAGAAUCACUGCGGCUUGGAGCAGCAAGUGAUAAUGGCGAAUCACCUCCGUGAGAUCCUGGGGGACAUGCUUGUGACGAAGCCUCUGCCGGGUGCAGACAUCGCUUGGCUGCCUUCUCCAGAGGCAUUAAAGGGCAAGUUUUUACUCAAGGGGAAAAAAUUAAAUAGUCGCAAGUCUUCAGAGGAAGAAGAAGGAAAGACCCGAACGGAUACAGCCAAGGAGCUCUCGGACCUUGUAGUAUACUGUCAGACAGUGGAGUAUCGAGGACAACCAGGAAACGUGUGUGAGAUGAGUUCCUUCAGUGAGGACAAAGUGCGCAGACUGAUCAAGGACUCAGGAAUCAAUCUAGUCCGCUAUAAUGCCCGGCAACUGAGUCGUAUCUAUCCAGAUGGUCUGAGGGCCAAUUCUUCAAAUUACAGCCCCCAAGAGAUGUGGAAUGCAGGCUGCCAGCUUGUGGCUCUGAAUUUCCAAACUCCGGGCUACACAAUGGAUCUAAACCGGGGUCGAUUCCAGGACAAUGGACGCUGUGGAUAUGUCCUAAAGCCUGAAUUCCUGAGGAAAGAGGACAGUUACUUUAACCCAGAUGCUCCAAGCAAAGAGGCAAAGCUCCUGUUUGUCAAGGUCAUUUCAGCUCAGCAGCUGCCCAAACUCAACAAGGAGAAGCCAAAUUCCAUUGUCGAUCCUUUUGUACGUGUGGAGAUUCACGGAGUGGGAAAAAAGAGAGAGAAGGAAACAAAAUACAUCCUCAAUAACGGGUUUAACCCUUCCUGGAACGAGGUGCUUCAACUAGAGGUUUCAGUUCCAGAGUUGGCUCUUGUGAGGUUUGUGGUGGAAGAUUAUGACAAAACGUCAAGUAAUGAUUUCAUUGGACAGUACACGUUGCCUUUCCUCAGCCUGAAGCAAGGAUACCGACAUGUUCACCUGUUCUCCAAGGAUGGAGCCUCCCUGUCCCCUGCAACAUUGUUUGUGCAAAUCCGUAUUGAGGAGCUAUGAAUUAAGUGGGGAAAAGUGGGGAGACCUCAGGCCUCUCUCUCCGUCUCUUCAAUCAGCCGCCGGUGCCAUAUAUACGUGAUAAGUGUUUCCAACGCUGGUUCCCCCAGUGCCUUAUUGUUUGUGGCCAUACCGAUCCCAAAGCAAAGAUGGAGGAUGACGAGGAAGGAGCAGCAGCACUUAGAUUUCUUCAUUUAGAGCAAAAGGCUAUCGCAGUAUUAGUGGGAGGAAAAUGGACUAUGAACUACAUCACUCAGUGCCCACUUCUUCUACAGUGUGCCACAAUCUUAUGUACCCUGGAUUCCCUGUUACUCAAUAUCUUGGCACUUUAUACGCAAGCAUUCCCAUUCCUAGCCAACAAGCCCGGCUUUAAAGGCAACGUUUCCCCUGAUCAGAUAUACAUAUUUAAUACAUAUGAAAUACACAUCAUAUUUUAAUGCAGGUACCAGGGUUUGCAUGUGCACUUAUACAUUUGAUCAGGAGCAGCUAUAAUUCUUGCCCAGGAGAGACAUUCUAUUUCUCAGUAAACAAGUCUAAGGAGAAUGUCUCGCGCAAGCAAUAUGGCAGCUCCACUUCAGUUUUUUUUAUAACUGUAAAUAUGCCUUAAUAUUUCCUAUAAUGUAAAUAGUUUUAAAAGGAAGUUCUGCUGUAUGUGAAUCUGAUGUCUAAUUGGAAAACCCCGCCGUGGUAUUCAGACUGUAUGCUUUUUUUAUUUUAAUGUAAAAGCCCCAUUAUUUAACUGAACUCAUUACAUUAUAAUCCAUAACUUCUUCAUCAGGAAGAGAGAAGCCAUAAUCCUUGAACUUUUUAUUUCCCCGACAAAGAAGGGCUUAUGCUCCUGAUCAGGAGGUUGGAAUUGCAAAGAGAAAUGGCUUCUCCCCUGGAGAACCAGCAAAAAAGAUGCAAUUUCAUGUAUGUGAGGGUCUUGCUAGGUAAUCUGUGUUUCAUCAGCCUGUAACGGUACAUUAGACUAAUUAACUACGUGGUUAGCAGCCCUAGCUUCUUGUCUGUGUGUGUGUCCAACCUGUGUGACCCUCAACAUAGUGACUACAUAGCAAAGCUGGGGUGCUCUAACACACACUCUAGUGGUGAUGGGAAGUUUUCCAGCCUGAACCCAAACCCACCCAAAAAAUCCUCAGUCUGCACCCAACCAAACAGUCCUCCAUCUGUGCCCAAUCCCCCCACACAGUCUUCCAUCUGCAACCAACUCACCGCUACCCAACCUGCACCCAACACACCCAAACAGUCUUCCAUCUGAACCCAACCUACCCACACAGUCCUCCAUCUGCACCCAACCCACCCAAACAGUCCUCCAUCUGCACCCAACCCACCCAAACAGUCCUCCAUCUGCACCCAACCCACCCAAACAGUCCUCCAUCUGCACCCAACCUACCCAAACAGUCCUCCGUCUGUACCCAACCCACCCACACAGUUUUCCAUCUGCACCAAACUCACCGCUAGCCAAUCUGCACCCAACCCACCCAAACAGCCCUCCAUCUGCACCAAACCUACCAAACAGCCCUCCAUCUGCACCAAACCUACCAAACAGUCCUCCAUCUGCACCCAACCUACCCAAACAGUCCUCCGUCUGUACUCAACCCACCCACACAGUUCUCCAUCUGCACCAAACUCACCGCUAGCCAAUCUGCACCCAACCCAUCCAAACAGCCCUCCAUCUGCACCCAACCCACCAACACAGUCCUCCAUCUGCACCCAUACACUGCUACCCAAUCUGCACCCAACCCACCCACACAGCCCUCCAUCUG